CCCUGCGUGCUGUGUUCUCCUCCAUGGCGGCGGCGCGGUCCAAACGCUAUUAAAAUCCCCUCCCUCUCCUGUCCCGUCCCCUCCCUCCUCUCCUCUCUUUCUCUCUCUCUCUUUCUCUCUCGCCCUCUCGUCUUUCAGCCAGACUCUUUUUUUGCUGCAGUGAGCGGCAGCCGUGAAGGGAGAGACGUGAGAAAAGGCGCUUGGGGGAAAAAAAAAAGAAGAAAAAAAAGAAGGGGGUUGGAGCAAUAAAAGCACCCACAACAACAACAAAAGACACAGAAAGGAGCCACGGGAAGGGUUUCGCCGCCAGAAAGAGUGGAUAACACCAAGACUCCGUGGAAGAGGAAGGAGCUUCUAGAAGCAAGGAAGCAUCGCCACCCAGGAGGCGGGAACGUUAACGGUAAUCCUCCUCCGGGACCCCCUUCCUGAGCUACCGGCAGCCCCUCCUUCACUUGAGGUUUCAAGCGGGAACAAGCAGGAUCUGUCCGCCCAGCCAUGGCUUUCCCAUCAGCCCCUGCUCCGUUAUGGAUUGCCGGCCUAAUGACGCUAGCCUUGGCGGUUGUGGUUCACAGCAACGUUGUCUUUGACGAAGACCCUCUGCAGCCCGUCACCACCGACGAGAUGGUGUCGGUGGGCGGCACGGUGACACUGACCUGCCGGGUGGCCGACAACGACAACUCGUCCCUGCAGUGGUCCAACACGGCCCAGCAGACGCUGUACUUCGGGGAGAAGAGAGCGCUGCGAGACAACCGCAUCCAGCUGCACCGCUCCACGUCCACCGAGCUCUCCAUCACCAUCGCUGAAGUGCAGCUGUCGGACGAGGGCGAUUACACCUGCUCCAUCUUCACCAUGCCUGUGCGCACCGCCCGAGCCACCGUCACCGUGCUAGGUGUGCCCGGCAAACCUCACAUCUCUGGAUUAGAGAAUCCGGUGCAGGAGGGGGGCACGGUCACCUUGACCUGCACCAGCACUGGCAGCAAACCCCCCGCCCGGCUGCACUGGUUUCGCGGGGACGAGGAGCUGGAAGGCCGUCCGGACGUGGUGGAGUCGGUGCAGGAUGAGCCCACCUACAACGUGAGCAGCGAGCUGACGCUGGAGGUGAGCCGCGCCAACGACAACCAGGUCAUCACCUGCGCCGUCGACCAUCCCUCGCUGGCGCCGGGGGACAAACGGAGCGAGCACACCCUGAGGGUCUUGUAUUCCCCGAAUGUUCAGAUCCUGCCUGAGAGCGAUCUGCCUCGUGAGGGGGAGAAGUUUCUUCUCCAGUGUUUGGGCAACAGCAACCCUGAGCCGUCGUCCUACACUUGGGAGAAGAAGGAUGGAGAGCUCCCCCCGCUGGCCAAAGCGGACGGCGCGUUCCUGCGCUUUGAGACGCUGAACAAGUCGGACAACGGCGUGUACCUGUGCUUCGUGGACAACGGCGUCGGGAGCAGCGCUGGCGAAUACACGCUGCUGGUGCAAGACCCGGACACCACGAUUGCUUCUGCAACCUCUUCUCCUACGUCACCGCCAUCUUCCCCCUUUGCCACUGAAUCUACCUCCUCCUUCGACAUUACGGAACUUUCCUCCACCAUCGUCCAGUCUGAGAGCACCGCCACCGUCCAGUCCGAGAGCACCGCCACCGUCCAGUCCGAGAGCACCGCCACGCUUUCCAACGAGCUUUUCCCCGACAUCACUUUGUCGCCCGACUCCUCCUCUUCCCCCUCCUCUCUCACUUCCGUCUCUCAUACGUCCGCCUCCUCUACUUCCUUCUCUAGUUCGUUUUCGACUUUGCCUUCCAUAUCUGCAAGCGCGGCGCCUUCCUCCACCGCCCACUCCUCCGCCUUUACCGCCUCCUCUUACUCCUCAGUUUCCGACUCGCAGAACGGACGUUUCACUUCCACAGAAGCUGCAGACAACGCUCCAGACCCCACCGCCAUGUCCACCUCCUCAGGUGUGGACCACGCCGUGAUUGGAGGAGUGGUGGCCGUCAUCGUCUUCAUCCUGCUCUGCCUCCUCAUCGUCUUUGGAAGAUACCUCAUCAGACACAAAGGAACAUAUUUGACCCACGAGGCCAAAGGUUCCGAUGACGCUCCGGACGCCGACACGGCCAUCAUCAACGCCGAGGGCGGCCACUCUGGAGCGGAGGACAAGAAGGAGUACUUCAUCUAGUUAGGAAGCAAGGGAGCAAGGAGGAGAGAGAAGGAAAGAACAAUCUUCCAUUCGUUUGUACGCCGCUCAGUCGGAGAGGGGGGAUGGAAGGAGGCGGGGGGUGGGGGGGAGGACUCUCUUUGCAUCGAUACAGGGACGUGAGAUUUGCACUGACACACACACACACACACACACACACACACACAUACACAUACACAUAUACUGGUUAUCAUUUUUGGAAUGGGGACCAAGUUUUUGAUCAUCACUUGUGGGGACCACCCUUUCUACAGGUUGUGGAGGCAUAAAAAAUGUUUUAGGGGAUCAUUCUUACUGGGGACCCUGGGGGAAAAAGAGUUCAUGUGGUUCAUGGGCACCAAAUUUAAAUAAUUUUGCAUAAUUCACACAAAUUAGUACGUGACUACUGAGGACCAUAUAAAAAAAAUAAAAAAUAAAAAAAUAAAUUCAAAUUAAAUAUGACAUGAUCCUCAGAAUACAGCAGUACAGCUGUCCUCUUAUAGGAAGUUUCACCACUUAAAUGUACCAGCUACAGCCCGUUGAGGGGGCUGCUGUGCAAAUGUCUCACACUCAAACUAACCAGUAAACAUGUUUUUCUGGGCCAAAGCUUACAAAUCACUUAGGCAUCUUCAGAAUGGAUCUGACUAUCAUUUAAAACAGGUUUCCCUUUAGGGGACCUGUUUUUUUUGUCCCCAUACCGUCAGAGGUCCCCUAAAGGUGACUGUGUAAACAGAGCGAUGUCCCCAUUAAGUAAGCAUUGCCAGACCACACACUUACACACACACACACAUACAUGUCUUGCCUACUUUGUGUGGACCCACGUUUGGUUAGUAGGUUGGGAGGGCCCCCCUUUACACUAUAGCUAGAAUGAUGGGAAAAAAUAUAUCUACCACUAGAUGGGAGUAGAGAGUCGCAACCUCACUUCAGAAUGCAAAACACACAAAGUACAAAAAAGUAUUUUACUUUUGUAGUUGUGAGGACCAGGAACAUGUCCUCACAAGUCAAAAGGUCCUCACAGAAAGGGUGGUUUGUCAAGUGCAUGUCCACACAAGGAUGGUGAGACAAGUGCACACACACACACACACACCGAGCAUCAAAUUAACCAACACACCUCCUGCUAACAUAUGAAUUCUUCGUAUUUGUGUUUUUAUUCCUCCUCUUUCUAACCAGCUCCAAAAUUGUAACUUACAUUCCGUCUUCCUGAGCUGCUACACCGCCCAUCACUAACCCCGCCCACCUUUUAACUCGCAACCCCCCCCCCCCCCCCCAGAACCCAGGCCUAUAACGUCCGUCCCACGAAGCGGUGCGAAUCCUAGCAGGCGCUACCGUGUACAAUGUAUGAAUAUAGCUAUAAAUAUCUAUAAAUAUCUUGUUGGACUGUAAAUAAGAACACUGCUCAUGUGCGUCACCUUCCUCCUUCAAUACUCGUAUUGCCUGGUUUUACUACGUCGGUACUGCAGUACAGUACUGCAGUACAGUGGUGCAGUACUGCAGUACAGUGCAACAAAGUACACGGGGGGGAAAAAAAGACCCUCAUGAUAAGACUGCGUUGCAAUGUAAAUGUUUCUAAAAUGGUGUAUUUUUUAUUCUUUCUGGGGAUGUGAGAGGUGUGUCAGUGUUUACAGUCAACAUGCUGUCGCUUGUCUCACACACAUACACACACACACCGCCGUUCGAUUCCCGAGCUCGUCAACGUGCGCCCCGCCGUCCUAAAGGAAGGGUCCUUGUAGGCGGACGGCAAUCUCGCUAAGAGGCCCCAGAAAGUCAUUGAAGAACUUUAAUGUCCUUCUCCUUUCUCCGCUCGCACCGCGCUCGUCCAUUUCUUUUCAUUCUUUAAUCAAUCAGCCCGUCUGCGUCCUCGUCCACCUUCAAGCCCCCCCCCUGCACCCCCGCACCCUCUUGCCGCCCUUCCUCAGCCUCCAUAUAAGUGAUUGAUGUCCUGCUGUGCUGUCGGGCGGGAGCACACGUGUCACUUAUGGACACUGAUGUUGGACAACACCACCAUCUCAGUCAGGCGUGUCCAAAGUGCGGCCCGAGGGCCAUUUGUGUGGCCCCACAGCUAAUUUGUUAACGGUCCCCCCGGCACAUUCUGACAAAUACUUUAAUUUGAUUUGAUUGAGACUUGUAUUAGUAGAUUGCACAGUACAGUACAUAUUACGUUCAAUUGACCACUAAAUGGUAACACCCGAAUAAGUUUUUCAACUUGUUUAAGUCGGGGUCCACGUUAAUCAAUUCAUGGUACAAACAAUAAUAAAAAUGUAAAACAUAAAAGUGUAAUGAAAGAGGAAAGAGGUGAAAUGUAACAAGAAAAAGUUGCGGUGUUGACACUAAUAACACAAAGCUGCCAUGCGGACUGUUAUUGACCUGAUGAAGGCUCCAAGUACUUCACUGGGACGAUUCUACUUUGAAAUAUUUUGGGGGGGAAAAUGUUGCAUAUUUUGUGCGAAACAAUGUUUGUUUUCACAAAAAGGGCAUCAAACAAACCAAAAAAAUAUGAAAACAAUUAUAAAAUCUUACAAUCAACAGAUCAACAGACUGUUAAAAGUUUUUAAACAUUUUUUUAAAAUAUACAUACAUUUGGCUUAUUUUCAACACUCAUUCUUUUUCUUUUUUUUACUGUUAUGAAUUAUUGACCUAUUUAAGGCUCCAAUUACUUUACUGAAACGAUUCCACUUUGAAAUAUUUUUGGGGGGGAGGGAAUAUUGCAUAUUUUGUGCGAAACAAAGUUUUUUUUUCACAAAAAGGGCAUCAAACAAAAAAAUAUGAAAAAAUUAUAAAAUCUUAUAAUCAACAGAUCUACAGACUUAAGCGUUAAAAGUAAAAAAAAAAUAAAAAUAAAAAAUAAAUAUAUAUAUAUAUAUAUAUAUAUAU